AUGCCCCGCCAGCAAACGCAGUCGCGGGCUCCAAAAGACCGUGGUGCGCGGAAGCCACCAGCGCAGAGAGGCCCAAAGGGCCGCGGACUCGACGCUCUUUCUCGGGCAGAGGAACAGAUUCCAACCAAGCUCGGUGUGCGCCGCAACCGUCUCGGUGACUACGAUGACGGAGAAUGGCGGAAGAGGCCUACAAACGACGAUGACGACGACGAAGACAACGAACCCCGCCCGAACUACAAGCGCCGCAGAACCGAUGCUUCGGACGAAGGUGGCAGUGAUAGUGAAGGCCAUGAAUGGAAGUUGGGACAAGUCGACACUGAUGACGAUGAGUCUCUGGACAGCGACGAAGCUAUGGGAUCAAGUGACGAGGAACGUUUCGAGGGAUUCACAUUCCGCGGAAGCUCAUCGAACAAGUCCAAGCCCAAGGCGAAGAAGAACGAGAAGCCGAAGCGAAAGGAGAUUAGUUUGUCUGAGGAUGUUGAAGAGUCCGAUGAGGAAAUGUCCGACGAGGAGGAGGAUGAUGAGGACGAUGAAGAUGGCAUUGAUCUUCUUACCGCCUGGGACAUGAACACAGCUGCCGAGGAGAAGGCGGCCCAAAAAGCUGCGGACAAGGCGAGGAGAGCUGCAGAUGGCCAGGAUAGCGACGAGGAUUCUGGCUCAGAAGGCGACAGUGAGGAUGAUCCCAGUGACGACGAUACCGACCUGUCUCUUUCGGACGGCGAUGCGGACGCUCAGAAAAAUGGGUUGUCCAAGCUUCAGGACUUUGUCAAGUCUAUGGAGGCCGACGGAUCUAGAAAACCCAAGCAACGGUCGCAAGAACAGGGCACGCCCACUGAAUACGGAUUGAAAUCCUCGCGCAAAUUGACCGUCGCCGACCUACUGCCUUCCAUCACGGAUUCCCGUCUGAAGAGCUCCCUCAAGCAUGUCGAUGCGGCUCCACAGACAACAAAGUCGGGUAUUCCGGGCAAGCUGGAUGCGCCUUUGGCAAAGCGCCAGCAAGAUAAGCUUGACCGCGCCGCCGCUUACGAGAAGAGCAAAGAAACUCUUGACCGAUGGCUAGAGACCGUCAAGGCCAACCGCAAAGCUGAACACCUCACCUUUCCCCUUCCCGAUCCCGAUGCGCAACAAUUCCAUCGCCUGGAUGUGGCUAGGCCCAAGACCGAUUUGGAAAGCACUAUUCAGGAGAUUCUGGUUGAGAGUGGAUUGGCCGAGGCCAACGGCAAGUCCGCCGAAGACCAGCUCCAAGGCUUUGAAGAACUCAAGGCCCGCACGCUGCCUAUUGAAGAAAUCCAGGCUCGGCGGGCAGAGCUCAGAAAGCGGCGUGACCUGCUCUUCCGAGAGGAGGUUCGUGCAAAGCGGAUCAAGAAAAUCAAGAGCAAGUCUUACCGUCGUGUUCACCGCAAGGAGCGCGAAAGGCUGGAGCAGCAGGAGCGCCAGGCUCUUCUCGAAGCUGGUGUCGAUCUCGACGAGGCAGAACGGGAUGAGAACGAGCGGAAGCGGGCUGAGGCACGCAUGGGUUCCAAGCAUCGUGACAGCAAAUGGGCCAAGAGCAACAAGCAGACUGGCCGUACUGCGUGGGAUGAGGAAGCCCGUAACAGUGCCGCUGAUCAAGCCAUGAGAGAGGAGGAGCUGCGCAAGCGCAUUGAAGGAAAGCGUGUGUCUCGUGGAGACGAAGAUUACCUGGGGUCAUCGAGCUCGGAGUCAGAGGACGAGGACCCAUGGGCAUCGGAUGCCGAGGACCGAGAGAAGCGCAAGUUGCAAGAGAAGCUCGCGGCUCUAGAGGGUGACGCUUCCGACGCUGAGGUCAAGGGCCCACAUUCCACUCUCUUCUCCAUGAAGUUCAUGAAGAACGCCGAAGCCGCUCGUAAAGAACAAAACGACGCCGAACUUCGUCGUCUCAACCGCGAACUACAUGGCGAAGAGUCACAGUCUGAGGCGGAGUCGGAGACCGGACGACGCAAGUUCGGUCAGUCUGAGAAGGCAGAGGCCAAGCCCCAGGCAAGAGCUCUCCCCAAGGACGACCUUGAAGACGCACUCGACUCGGACGAUGAGAAUCAGCAGCGCAGAGCACCCGAGCAGGAUGCUGAUAUGAUUGUCGACCGUCCUACAAAGCAGAAGUCUGCUGCCGUGUCUGGCUCCAAGGCUACCUCUCGUCCAAACCAGAAGAUGUUCAGCCAAGAAAAUGAGCCAGCGGCAGAAGAAGAAAACCCCUGGCUUGUUCAAACUGAACGCAACAAUCGUCGACGCACCGGUACGGAUGCUCAGGAGACCAUCGACAUCUCUCUUGACGCCCAACAACCACAGGUCUCGCAGGCCAAGACUCCCGCCAAGAAAAGCAAGGGAGUCAAGGCAGUGUCUUCUCGCCGUGAUGAAGAAAAUGACAGUGAUGAUGACAACGUGCCUGUCCUGUUGAAAAACCACGAUCUCGUGAAGCGGGCGUUUGCCGGCGAUGAGGUGGUUCAAGAAUUCGAGCAGGAGAAGAUGGACACCAUUGCCGACGAGGGCGACAAGGUUGUGGACAACACUCUCGAGGGAUGGGGCAGCUGGGCCGGCGAUGGUAUCAGCAACAGAGAGAAGAAGAGGCAAAAGCGUAACCUCACUACGGUGGAGGGUGUGAAGCCCGAGAAGCGCAAGGAUGCCAAGCUCUCCCGAGUCAUCAUCAACGAGAAGCGAAUUCAAAAGAACAAGAAGUACAUGGCUAGCCAGCUGCCUCAUGAGUUCGAGACCAAGGCACAAUAUGAGCGGUCGUUGCGGAUGCCCAUCGGCCCCGAGUGGUCUACCAAGGAGACCUACCAAGCCAGCACCAAGCCUCGUGUCAUGAUCAAGCAGGGCAUCAUCAAGCCCAUGGAGAAGCCUACUCGGUAG